GGGUUGAAAAAGUGGACGAGAAGAUGUCGUCGAACGGCGAGUUCUCGACGAUGUCGAGCGAGGAGGUGCCUUCGCUGCCGAAAUCGCUGCCGAGCUCGAGGGAGGCGACGGCCGAGGGUAGCUCCGGGUCCAGCGGCGGCUACAUGCCCCUGCGCGAGUUCCUCGAUCGAUUCUCGUUGCCUAGAGUGGUGAGGCUGGAGGGCGCCGGUGGAAGGCCGGUGUUGCUUUACAAACAGCAACAGAGAUCGCUUCGUGUCACCGCUACCCUGUUGAUACAUCGUUACAGGCACGAUGUCAAAGUGGGGCCGGAAAUAGUCAUCCCAGAAGGUUAUCCGGGAUGGUUUUCUGUGAUAUCUGGGAACAAUACAACGGGCAGUGCAAGGGUGUACAGAAGAGUGGAUUCCUUGGUACGAGCAGGAGUACCAGCGUUUCUUUUAGCCGCACCUUUAAGGGCAUAUAUUUUGACCCACUCGAAAAUGGAAAAUGGCAAUCUACGAGCUCAUUAUACGAAGACCACGAUCAGAGCUGGAGAGAUUCUACGAUUAAUAGCGGUUUUCCAAGACACGAGAAAGUGUAGUACGGUUUCCUUCGGAAUUUCCGGCAGCUCUUCCGAAAAGGAUCAGUACGCACAAUGUUUGGAUCCACAUGGUCGUGAAGUAUUCGCUUCUUUGUCGGCAAGAGGAGAAUUCUACGCUAUUUGCCAGAAUGGAAGUAUCGAUACUGGAAGCGAUGCAGUAUUGUACAAAGUACAUCAUCUUGCGAAAAGACCGUUGCCUCUCAGGGUUCGCUUAAUAGCCGGUCCAUUACCUGUACCAUUGCCAAGGGAAUAUGGCGGCUUAAUGCAACUGGAAAGCUCAACUCGAGGUCCAAUUGUUUUAGGAUGCAUUGUACCGGAAAGACCAGUUCACAAUCCUGAAAUGCUUGAGUUGGUUGUGACCGGAAAUGGUGCACCAAGAGUGAGAAGAGCACGAUUAGGUUAUCCGUCAGAAGCUAGACUUCUGGCAUCACCGAAAAUGCAACGAUUAUUAUCUGCCUGCAGCCGGGCUGUCGGAGAUCGUGCAACGGAACCAAGAGUGGCACCUUUGAAACUGCAUCCAGUCGGCGAAAAUCUUAAGGAGAUGCAUUUAAAAAAAAUCAAACCAAAACCGGAAACGAAGCCAAUAUUGCAAAGUCUGAAAGAUGGAUUGGAACAAUUGAAGAAGAGCACCGUUCGAGAAAAGAGUCAAACCAGGCAGAAUUGUCGGAACGGAUUUCUAGAUCGAAUUUCGAAAUUCGCUCAAGGCAAUCGCAGCAGGAACCCUGCGAAAAAAUCAGCUUCGUUCACGUUUGCAGUGAAGCCGGAAAUUGCUAUGAGGUGUCAAGAGCGUUACUCCAGUUUGGAGCCAGAAACUACCUCUCAUCCGAAUCAUUCGAACUCUUCCAAGCAACCUGUACAAAGAUCGGCAUCCACCAGUGUUCUAGAAAUGCCAACCAAUGUUGAAUUACAACCCAAUUAUUCUCGUGUUAGAGAUAGUCUUACACCAGUGCCAUCCCUUCCCAAGUUAACUAGGACCAAAGCUGAUGACAUUUAUGCGGAGAUUUGUGAGAACGCGGCUGCACAGGUCCAAAAAUGUCCCGGAAGUCAUGUUAUGGCUAGGAUUAAAAUCGUUGUAAAAGGUCGUGAUUCGACCACACCUUUGCCAAGCAAAAUUAGUGACAAUAGUAGAUAUGCAAACUCGAUGGUAAUGACUGAUCAAAUUGAUUCGAUUAUCAGCACGGAAGAUGAAGUUAUUUACAAUACGAUAUUUUAAAAAUGGAAUUAUUACAUUAUUAUUAUUAUUAUUAUUAUUAUUAUAAGUUAACCGGCUGUGUUUGAUGAUCGAGAAUUCGUUGAUUGUUUUUUAUCAACGUAGAAUUAGAAAUUGAAUCUGUAUCAUAUUAUAUAAAAAGCACUAUGAAAUAAUAUGUAAUAUUUUAAAAGUUGUAAUAGUUGCAUGUACAUAUCUUUGCCAUACAUACUAACAAUAGUAACGAAAAUGAAUAAAAUUUUAAAAAUGAAA